UUACAAUAAAAAUCCAGUUUAUGUGUGGAGAAGAUCCUAGCAAUGCUAUGCCGGUCAUCUUUGGGAAGUCCAAUGGGCCUGAGUUUCUGCAGGAAGUGUACACAGCCAUUACAUACCAUAAUAAGUCUCCUGACUUUUAUGAAGAAGUGAAAAUUAAGCUCCCUGCUAAGCUCACAGUAAAUCACCACCUCCUGUUCACCUUCUAUCACAUCAGCUGUCAGCAGAAGCAGGGAACCUCUGGAGAAAGUCUUCUGGGAUAUUCAUGGCUGCCGAUUCUCCUAAAUGAACGUCUUCAAACUGGAUCCUACUGUCUCCCAGUUGCCUUGGAAAAACUGCCAUCCAACUACUUCAUGCAUUCUGCUGAGUUUUUAAGUUGA